GCGUCCUGUCGCUAGGCAGCCGCCCGCGUGACCCGGGCGGUAGGAUUGGUGGUGGGGCUGGUGCGGGGGCUGUCACUUAAUAUAUUGGUGCAGCACUUGGUAGAAGAUAAGAAUGGAUACAGAGUACCUCAAGGAAUGCAUAGGAAAAUGCUUAGCUGAGGGACUUGCAGAGGUGGCAGAGCAUCAGCCAGCAGACCCAAUUAAUUAUCUGGCAUACUGGCUUUACAAAUACAAGAAAAAUUUAAAUAAAGAAGAAGAGAGGAAGGUAGAGAGGGACCAGCUGAUACGAGAUCGUGCAAAGGCCCUGAUAGAACUGGAAAAGGUACAAAAACUGAAAGCAGAAGAGCUCCUGAUCAAGCAGAAAACUGAAGCACGUUAUCAGAAGAUAAUUAUUGAACAGUAUCCAAGAAAGAUGACAGCAGAACUGACCAACAAGUCUGGAACGCCUAAUUUGGCAACGGUUGUAGAGGAUGAUGAGACUAUUAUUUAGAGAGCAAUACCUUAUGAGUGUAACAAAAUUGUAGUUUGAAGCAGAAGCCAUAGCAUGAAACAUCUGGCAAAAAUCAACACCUGGGACUGUGGACUAAUCUCUUAAGUCACUGCCAUGGAUGGUAUCUACACUCACAGAUGUAUGUCUCUAGUUGGUGGUCGGAAGAAGUUAAGGGAGGGAAAACCUGACCUUAAAUAGAAUCUAUACACCUUCAUCCAAAAAAAAUGGAAUAUGUAUUCAAAAAGCACACAGCUAUACAAGAGUGAGAAAACAAGGGUUGAAAAUCAAAUUAUAUAUUGCCAAAUGAAGAACAACCAUAGUUUGCGAUUGAGUGGAUAAUAUUAUGUGAAUAGAAAAGAAACUGGAUAAAUGUACUGCAUACUGACAAAAUAAACUCAUGUACACUGAUUGGCUGUGAACUAGAGUUCCUUGUGCAACAAAAUUUAUCUG